CACCUCCAGUACAGUUUAAACCCGUUAUAAUCUCAUCAUGGAGGCACCAGGAAGAGGUUAGAACGUUCUACUAACCGACCUAACAGCUCGACACAGUGUUUAGCGUCCAUAGAGUCUUAUAAAACAGCGGCUUCAGCUACAGAGCCAUGAGCAGACAUGCCGACGACUGUUCUGACUGAAGAGAGCUUUUGGUGUUGGAGUGGAGAUCUGGAGGUCCUGAGACGAAUGUAAAAAUGAUUAACCAUGUAUCUAAACCCACACUGAGACGACCCCAGCGACAGAAGUAAGGGGCAGGUGAUCACACUCCGGUAGCAACUAUGGCACCUCAACAAGCACCAGGGUCAUGUGAUACAGAACCAGACGAGGCCGACGAUGCCGGAGCAGAGACCCCACUGGCUCAGGAGCAACCAGCGGCGUUUGAUUCUCCUGAUGGAGGCUGGGGCUGGGUGGUGCUGCUGGCUACCAUCGUAGUUUUAGCCCUGACUCUGGCUUUCCCAUCCUGCAUCGGCAUUUUCUACACUGAUCUUCAGGUCGAGUUUAGUGCCAGCAAUAGUGAGACAUCAUGGGUGCCAUCCAUAAUGACAGCAGUCCUGCAUGCUGGAGGUCCUUUGUGCAGUAUAUUAGUGGAACGAUUCGGUUGCAGGGCAACUGUGAUGAUAGGAGGAGUACUAAGCGGUUUAGGAAUGGCGUCAAGCUCUUUUUCACAUUCCAUCAUGGAGCUUUACAUCACAGCUGGGGUUAUUACAGGUCUUGGCUUUUGUUUCAGCUUCCAGCCUGCCGUCACUAUCCUGGGUCACUAUUUUGUCCGCCGCCGUGCCUUCGCCAACGCCAUGUCAUCUACAGGCACAGCUCUGGGCCUGUGCACGUUGCCCUUCCUGGGUCACUAUCUGCACAGUCAGCUGGGCUGGAGGGGCAGUUUCCUUGUGCUGGGUGCUGUGCUUCUUAACUGCUGUGUCUGCGGUGCUGUCAUGAGGCCUCUGAGGCCGCGAAAACGCAGACAACCCAAGGAAAAAAACAAGAGCACUGCACCACUGGCUGAGGAGCGACUGAAGGGACAGAUGUGGGCAGCGUGGAAGAGUUUAACGUCCUCUUUCCAUAAACACAUGGCCUUUGACUUAUUCUGCAGUAACCUUCACUUUCGUGUCUUCUCACUGGGCAUUACCUGGAUGAUGCUGGGCUUCGUGGUGCCGCUGGUGUUCCUCGUACCUUACGCUACAGAUAACGGAAUGGAGUUGAGCCGCGCUGCCCUACUCCUCUCUGUCUUGGGUUUCAUAAACAUUUUUGUGAGGCCACCUGCCGGCAUUCUCUUUAGCAUGCCCUGGUUUAAGGGCCGCCAUGUUUACGUGUUUUCAGGUGCGCUGCUACUGAACGGACUGAGCAACAGCAUCUGCUGUAUCUCUGCGUCUUUUCCGGUUCUUUUGGCUUAUGUAAUCAGUUACGGACUGUCCAUGAGCAUGGUGGGAUCUCUAAUGUUCACUGUGCUGAUGGAUAUAGUGGAGAUGAGCAGGUUCCCUUCGGCACUUGGCCUGCUGUCUAUCAUGGAGAGUGUCACGCUGCUGAUUGGGCCGCCCUUAGCAGGCUGGCUGGUGGACAGCACUGGUCUCUACACGUACAUGUUUGUGGCCUGCACUAUCACAGUGGUUUCAUCAGCUUUAUACCUCAUGAUAUCUUUCUACUGGCUUGAUCGGCGUGUUGCAGCACAAGAAGAGCUAUCGGCAUAUACCCCCGCUACACAUGAACUUUCAGCCUCUGAUAGACAAAGAAUCCCGGUAUCUGCAGAAGAAAAGGACAAGCAGCCUGUGGUAGAAACUGAGCGUGUCACCACUGUAUGACUUACCACGCCCUGAGUAGCUAAGUUAGUAUACGCUCUUUGUGGCCUGUAUCAAAUAAAUAAUUAUUAUGCUCACUAGUUUUGUAACCUAAAUAAUAUU